AUGAGUGGGAAAACAUCCACCAAGGUUGGCCAUGCUCUGGCGGCUGCUCUGAGGAUUGACCUGGGAUCGGAAUCUUACUCCACAUCUGGCGAUGGCCGUCAUGCCUACAUUGAGCCCGAUCCGACCACCGGAGAAUGGAUCACGGCGCAUACACCUACAACCAAACAAGUGGGACGCUACUUCUACAACAUCUUCCCAUUCAUUCACUGGAUCGGGUACUACAAUUUGCAAUGGUUUAUUGGUGAUCUGAUCGCAGGUGUGACUGUCGGCGCUGUUGUGAUUCCCCAGGGCAUGGCCUACGCCGAGUUGGCUAAUUUGCCCGCCGAGUAUGGACUCUAUUCGUCUUUCAUGGGUGUCCUCAUCUACUGGUUCUUUGCGACUUCCAAAGAUAUCACGAUCGGACCUGUCGCCGUUAUGUCUACUCUCGUCGGUACGAUUAUCAUCAAAACACAAAAGGAACACCCAGGUCUCUCAGCUCCAGACAUUGCUUCCGCGCUUGCGAUAAUUUGCGGCGCCAUCGUGGCUGCACUCGGAUUCCUCCGUCUUGGAUUCAUCGUCGACUUCAUCCCCUUGCCCGCGAUCAUGGCAUUUAUGACCGGAUCUGCGAUCAAUAUCGUCGCUGGACAAGUCCCAACUCUCCUCGGUGAAACAGCAAAAUUCUCAACACGAGGAGCCACCUAUGAGGUGAUCAUCAAUACACUGAAAUAUCUGCCCACGGCCCAAAUGGAUGCUGCAAUGGGCAUGACUGCCCUCGGCUUACUUUACGCGAUUCGCUGGGGGUGCAACUACGCAGCUAAGAAGCACCCAGCAAAAGCCAAGAUUUUCUUCUUCAUUUCCACUCUCCGAACCGCCUUUGUGAUCCUCUUCUAUGUCAUGAUCAGCGCUGCUGUCAACCUCCACCGCCGGGAGCACCCGGCCUUCAAGAUCCUCGGAACCGUCCCCAGAGGUUUCAAGCACGCGCACGUUCCCAGGCUCGACAAGGAGAUUAUUAGUGCUUUCGCUAGCGAGCUUCCUGCCGCGGUCAUUGUUCUGUUGAUUGAGCAUAUCGCUAUCUCUAAGUCAUUUGGCCGAGUCAACAACUACACGAUCGACCCAUCUCAAGAGUUCAUUGCUAUUGGCAUCACGAACCUCCUGGGUCCAUUCUUGGGAGCCUAUCCCGCUACUGGGUCCUUCUCUCGCACUGCAAUCAAAUCCAAGUCAGGUGUCCGUACUCCUCUUGCCGGUGUCAUCACUGCGAUCGUGGUCCUUCUGGCUAUUUAUGCCCUCCCUGCCGUCUUCUUCUACAUUCCAAAGUCAUCACUAUCGGCUGUGAUCAUCCACGCCGUCGGUGACCUCGUCACUCCUCCCAACACAACAUACCAGUUCUGGCGCGUGUCUCCAAUCGAUGCGCUCAUCUUCCUGAUGGGCGUGAUCGUCAUCAUCUUCUCCACCAUCGAGAUCGGGAUCUACUGCACCAUCUGCGUCUCAGCCGCAGUCCUUCUAUUCCGCCUCGCUAAAGCCCGAGGCCAAUUCCUCGGUGCAGCCAGAAUCCACUCCGUCGUCGGCGACCACGUCCUAGACGACGCAGCGACCAUCACAAACGCCAAACUCGAAAGCGACCGAACAGUCUAUCUCCCCAUCUCCCGAGAAGAUGGCCACAAUCCUGAAGUCAAGAUCGAACAACCAUCCCCGGGAAUCUUCAUCUUCCGCCUCUCCGAAGGCCUGAACUACCCCAACGCAAACCACUACACAGACUAUCUCGUCCAACACAUCUUUGCGACAACCCGUCCCUCAGACGAGAGGCCAAACACCAAAACCGGCGAUCGACCAUGGAACGACCCGGGCCCGAAAGCCAAAGACGAGGCCGAGAUCCUCACCCGCCCGACCCUCCGUGCCGUCAUCCUUGACUUCUCAUCCGUCAACAACGUCGACGUCACCUGUGUCCAGACCCUAAUCGACGUCCGCAAUCAACUGGACCGCUACGCCGCACCCCGCCGCGUACAAUGGCACUUCGCGCACAUCCACAACCGCUGGACCAAGCGCGCACUAGCCGCAGCGGGCUUCGGAUACCCCACACCCGAAUACCUAGCAACAACGCAUAAGUGGAAGCCCAUCUUCAGCGUUGCGGCUCUUCACGAUGAUCCCUUCACCGUGGCAAAUAAGAGGAGAUCAGAAGAUCUGGCACGAGACGUUGAGACCGGAUUCCAAAAAGAAGCUGCUGCACAGUCGACGGAGAGCGAGAUCGAGCCUGUGGAUAAAUUGUCUUCGGAAAUUCGUCGGGCCAGUGCUGGUUCCAAGUCGGGUGCGAAGAAGGCUAUUGUUGAGGGUGUUAAUCGGCCAUUCUUCCAUGUCGAUUUGACGACUGCGGUUCAUAGUGCGACGUCGGGAUCUGGGGAGUACUAG